AUGACAAAGCUUUUUGCAAUCCUCAUCUUCAUGCUUAGGUUUCCCACCCUCCGAACUGAAUCAACCAAUACGAUCAGCGAGCAUCACUGCUCGAAUUCGAGCACUUUCGCUCUGAAUAGCACCUACGGGGGGAACCUCAACCUUCUCCUUGAGUCCCUUCCCUCUCAUACCAACUCGAGCAAAGGAUUCUUCAACAUGAGCACAGGGAAGCCAAGCGACGCGGACGCUGUGUAUGGCAGCUUCCUAUGCAGGGGAGAUGUCACCACGGAAGUGUGCAUGGAAUGCGUGAGAAAUGCUAGUGUCAGUAUCAAAGCAAAAUGUUCUAUGGUCAAAGAAUCCGUCCUCUGGUUCGACAAGUGCAUGUUGCAGUAUUCGGACCUUAACUCCCUUUCAGCCGCGGACGAAGCGCCUCUUCUGGGCGGGUAUAAUAGGGAGAAUAUGGAAGAACCCACCGAGUUCAUGAAGCUAUUGAGCAAAACAAUGAAGCAGUUGAUUACUAGGGCCGCUAAAAGAUCCGAUAAGAAGUAUGCGUCCAAAGAGGCUACCUUCAAAAAAUUAGGAGACACUACUCUCUAUACAUUUGCCCAGUGCAGGCCUGAUCUAUCGGCGGCUGACUGCGAGGAUUGCCUGCAGAACGUGAUUUCCAUUCUCCUGACAAAUGAAACCGGGAAAAUUGGGGGCAGAAUCUUGCUUCCUACUUGCUUCGCCAGGUUCGAGAUAUACCUGUUCUACACAGUCGAAAAGAAAAGUCAUUCUUCAUCAAGAUUAGUUAUCGGGAUCACUUCUGCAACUUCGGCGGUCGUGCUACUUUGCAUCAUUCUCUGGUUUACCCUCAAAAGAGAAAGGAACAAGAGAAACAAUGUCGAAGAAGAUCCGAUUGUUGGAAGCGAAAUUUCAGAACUACGUUCCCUGCAAUUUGAUGUGAUUGAAGCCGCCACAGCUUACUUCUCGAAUCACAACAAAUUAGGGGAAGGCGGGUUCGGACCAGUUUACAGGGGUAUACUUCCUUGUGGGAAGACAAUUGCAGCAAAAAGGUUGUCUCAAAGCUCGAAACAAGGCGUGGAGGAAUUCAAAAACGAAGUCGAAUUGGUAGCCAAGCUUCAGCACAGAAACCUAGUGAGGCUAUUAGGUUUUUCCGUGGAAAGAGAAGAAACGAUACUAGUCUAUGAACACAUGCCCAAUGGAAGCCUCGACCAAUUGCUCUUCGGUUGGUGCCUCGCUCUUCAUCUUCUUUGA